ACUUUUUCCACGUUUGACGAGGACGACGAGCAGCCGCUUGAGUGCUUUGAGCUCUUUCAGACGUAUGAGCGCAUGCACGAAGCCAUGAUAGCUGCGUUCCUCAACGUCGAGCAGAUGACACCUCGAGAGCUCUACGACAUCCUGUCGAGCGUCCAAGGGACGAUGCGCGAUUCGGACGCGUACGAGAGCCUCUCGAUGCUGCUGUCGGCGCUGGAUUUCGCGUGCUUCGGCCGGCGCAUGCGCGACGAAGCCAUCGACCAGCAGCGCGCGGCCAAGGAUGCCGACGACAUGGGCUUCUAA